AUGGCUAAAGACGACAUCCCACGCCUCUCCCAUCUCAACAGGCCCGAGAAGCUUGAGGAUCUGCUCAAGCAAGACAGAGAUGAUGACUGCCUUUCGUGCAGGAUAGUGGGCGGCGGUGCAUUCUUGGGUCUUGCUGGUUACAGCUAUCUCUCCGGUCAGCAACAAUUACAAGCACAAAAGGCUGCCAUCUUGGCUUCAAAAUCGAGAUUUGGUAUGCGCAGCAGGAGUGCCGCCAUCACGGGUCUCUCGUUAGGAUUGGCCUAUCUGGGUCUGUAUAGGCUGUUUAAAUGA